AUGAGAUGGUGGAGUAUAGAAUCCUUUGUGGAAGGAGCAGGACAUUAUUUUACCCCAAAUACAGUCCAUAUGGCUUGGCAGAUCCCUCAGUAUUUUCUUCUUGCAUGUGCAGAAGUACUGUUCUCUGUCACUGGGCUGGAGUUUUCAUACUCACAGGCCCCAUCUAACAUGAAGUCAGUGCUGCAGGCUGGAUGGCUGCUGACUGUGGCUGUUGGUAACAUAAUUGUCCUUAUCAUGGCUGGGGUAUCCACAAUCCAAGAGCAGUGGGCAGAGUAUGUGCUGUUUGCUGCCCUGCUGUUGGUAGUUUGCAUUAUUUUUGCUAUCAUGGCUUCUUUUUAUACCUAUAUUGAUCCAAAUGAGAUUGAAGCCCAGUUCAGCAAGGAAGAAAAGGAAGAAGACAAGAAUUAUCAAGACAGCAAUGAAAAGGAAGCUGAAGCUCAUUCUUGUCUGUAAAAGCUGUAUUCAACGAGUGUUGUAAAUCAUGGAAAUCCCACUCACUCUCCUGCAGUCAGAGGAACCAGGGUAUCAGUAAUAACACCUCUGGAUUACAUGUCUUGUGGAAGACAUUAAGCAAAACUGUUUUAACCUAAAGUGCAGCCUCUCUAGGGAAGCAGCAGGAAAAUAUGUCUC